GCGUCGUUCUUGCUCUAUGUAUGUACUUCAAGGUACAUAACCGUCACCAAAAUUGCUAUGAGUAAUGGCUCCAUCUCAUGUUAAUCCAUUAAAACACACAUGACGCACGGAGAUACAGAAGCAUCUGCGAUUAAUUAUCACAAUUCCUUAGGUACCUAAUGCAUGAGGCACAUGAAGCACACUUUCUUUUUGGCUGUGCUUUUCUCACCUUAUUAACAAAAUACCCGCCUCAAACAUGAAUAGACUUGGAAAGAAUCGAGAACCAGAAUCCAUCACUGCGCCACCUCAGAGUAGUGAUGAAGAAGAGGAGGAUUAUCAACAACAACGCCACAAUAGCUCGCACGACUCUGAUUCUGACAACAAUGACAGCCGAUACAAAGAUAUAAAGCCUACAAUUUUCAGUAGCUCGCAAAAGGGUGGGCCUUCCAGCUCGGCUGGUUCAAAGAGAUCAUCUGAAGAUAUUACUCCAGAGGCGAGGAAUCACCUCACGAAUGCAUUCGGCUUCACAAAAAUUCAAAAGCGAACUAUCACCAAGCGCACCACAACUUACAGCGAUAAAUCAUCUCAGCCUAGACCUUCACAGAGGAGAGCAUCACAAAAGCCCGGACCUAAACCUUCAGUAUCACAGCUUGAGAAUGACUCAGGCAAAUCAUUUAGGCAUUUUAAAACUAGCCCGAGUCCCGAAGGUAUUCGGUCACCUCCAGCGAAGCGGUUUGUAAAACCUGAGAAUAUCAGCCCAGAGAAGGCAGAGCCCUCUAAAGCUUUCAUCAAACCUUCAUCCUUGUCAGACUCUAGUCCAAGUCGAGACACCAAGAAACCCAUAUUUAGACGUGGCAGUUUAUCAUCAGAUGAUUCACUAUCGAGGAGUAAAUCCAAAAAGCUCGGUCUAGAAGAAUCAAAUGCGGCAGUAGAAGCAAAGCCAGCUUUACGGCCUGGUAGGAUAAAAGAUUCGAAGAGAUCUAAGAAUAGGAAGCGAAAAUCCCUCCAUGAACCCGGGGUAGAUGAAUUCUCUCAGAGACCAGCUUUUAAGCUGCAUGCUUUGGAUGAUAUUGACGACCUAGACGACAGCGACGAUGUGGUUUUUGACGUGUUUGGGAGUAAAGACUCCGAUGACGAAGCAGGUGAUGUCAGUAUACAAAGCCCACUAGCUACCACAGCGAGGUGUCCUAUGUGUCAUGAAGUAGUCGAUCCCGAGCUUCUAGCAAAGCAUUCAGACCACGGCAGAAUGAACAUAAAGAAACAAGCAGCAUUCUGCAGGUUACACAAGCGACGGGCGGCGUUGGAUUCCGGAGCUCGGAAAGGAUAUCCCAAGGUUAACUGGGAGAGGCUUGAUACACGAUUAGACACGUACCAUGGUUUAUUGAAAGAAAUCUUGGAAGGUACUCGAAAAUCACACUAUCACGAAGUGUUACGAGAGAACGUCGAAGCGGGAAAGAAUCGGACGUUACUCAAAACCGACGACAGUCUUACACCAGGCUACUAUGGGCCACAUGGACUCCGCGUUAUGACCGAGUAUAUCUUGCGGACUUUAUCGUCAGUUAUCCGAAAGCGUGCAGUUGAAGACAGACUCGUUUCCGCUAGAGGUUAUACAGGAUACGUCCAGGCAGUGUUAGUGCCCGAGUUAACAGUCCGCCUAAUCAUGGAGGACAUGGACAUUGCAGAAGAAAAGGCGCGGGAUAUUAUGCUGGAAAGUAUUGAUGUCGGAGAGCUCUUAUAUGAAGACACUGGCGAUGUUAUUGCCGGUGUUAGUGAUGAAGAGGAAAUAGCAUAGUAGGAUCCCAAAGGAACUAGAAAACCUACGUUGAGCGGAUAGUCACAGUACGAUAAAUAAGCAUAUGCGUCCAUCUAAAUGUAGACGCUUAGGGCUGUCACACUGCAGCUAGAUCUUCUGUCUAUCAAAAGCUC